AAACCUUUGAAAUGCUGAUCAAAUUGGCUGAGAAUUACACAAACACGCUGUUCUGCAAUGCAUAUAGGAACAUGGCUCUUGAGACUGCUACGCACAUUCAGGAGUUUUUCACUGAUGUUGGGCUCUUCAUAUUUGGCACAGAUGUUAGCACAGAGGAAUUUGUCAACAGAUUUUUUGACACCCUCUUCCCAAUAGCCUACAGCCACAUGAUUAAGCCCGGUCUGACGGACGUUUCCCUGGAGUAUGCCGAAUGCCUGCGAAUGGCAACGAGGGAUAUCAGGCCUUUCGGCAGCAUCCCCAAAGUAAUCGCAAGGCAAAUGGGAAGAUCCCUGUUGCCCAGCCGGACUUUCUUGCAGGCUCUGAAUCUGGGCAUCGAAGUGAUCAACACAACGGAUCACCUACAUUUCUCCAAGGACUGCAGCAGAGCAUUGCUGCGGAUGCAGUACUGCCCCCAUUGCCAAGGGCUGACGUUGAGUAAGCCGUGCAUGGGCUACUGCCUCAACGUGGUUCGGGGCUGCUUGGCGAACCUGGCAGAAGUGGAUCUUCACUGGCGGGGAUAUAUUCAGUCCCUGGAAGAGCUCUCAAGCGCCAUGCAUGGGACAUACGAUCUCGAGCACGUGCUUUUAAAUUUUCAUUCACUUGUUAACGAUGCUCUCAUACAAGCCCAGAUCAAUGGCGCAGAAUUAUCUGAGCAGGUGAACAAGAUAUGUGGUCCUCCUGUAAGAAAGCCCAUGCAGUCACUAGGUUGCUCCUUUGAUCAGAACAAAGAUAAUCAAGGGUUGAAGAUGUUCUCAAGAGACAGUGAAGAAACCCUUGCCAACAGAAGAAAAGCAUUUAUUGGCCACCUCCGUCUCUACAGAGCUUUCUAUGGUGGCCUGGCUGAUCAGCUGUGUGCUAAUGAGUUAGCGGCCUCCGAUGGACUACCGUGCUGGAAUGGAGAAGAUGUUGUAAGAAG